AUGAGUGAGCUUGGUAGACGAUACGAUGCAGCCGCAUUUGAACGUUUUCUCAGCAUAGCUCUCGUUGGAGAUAAUGACACAGGUAAAUCACACAUUGCCCUUGAAAAUGCUUACCGAAGCCCCCAACAUGUGCCCUGGCUAUCCGUAUUCUGGGUCAACGCAAGCAGCAUCUCCCGAUACAGAAGGUCUUAUCAAGAUAUAGCUAACAGUCUUGAUCUACCCGGAAAGGAUGACCCAGCCGUCGAUGUCGUAGAACUGGUAUUGGAAUGGCUCGCUGACGAAGAAAAUGGGCCAUGGCUGGUUAUUCUGGACAAUGUCAUUUACGUGGGCGUUUCCCAAAAGACGGGGCUUCCUGUUCUGCUGGAGGAUGACGUGACGGAGACGAUUCCGAUUGUUUCGUCGUCCCCAGAAGCAAAACAUGGAUCUUUGCUUGUCACAUCGCCCAAUUUGAAGGCUGCAAUGAGUAUAGCUGGUUCAGCUGAGAACAUAUUCCAUGUCCAGCCAAUGGAUGAAGGGCCGAGAAGUGCAAUUGGGAUUGGGCAAAAUAUGCUGGCUAACCUGGCUUUAGACAGCCCAAAAGAUGGUCGGACACCAUUAUCGUGGGCUGCAGAGGCUGGGUUUGUGCCAGUCGUGAAAUUAUUGCUUACUACUGGUAAAGUGGACGUUGAUGCCAGAGACUCACAUCAUGGUCGAACGCCUCUAUCAUCGACUGCAGGAGCUGGGCAUGCAGAAAUUGUUCAGCUCCUUCUUGCAACCAACAAAGUCGACAUCAUCUCCGUCGAUUACCAACAUCGGCCGCCACUGACCUGGGCGCUCUUUAAUUCUCCCGAGCGAAUGAAACCGGUAGUCAAGCUGCUUCUAGCCACUGGCCAAGCUGUCCUAAACAUCCGCGAUGAAACAUCAGACCGCACAGCCCUUUCGUGGGUGUGUGGAAUGGGCCACCUAGAGAUUGUCAAAUCGCUGCUUGAAACCGGCAAGGCGGAUGUCAACACCAUAGAGAAAUACCACGGACGAACGCCGCUUUCCUGGGCUGCUUUUGACAAACAUCAAGGAAUCAUGAAGGUGUUGAUUGCUACCGGACAUGCAGACUUGGAAGCAAGAGAUAACGAAGAGGGCCGGACUGUACUGUCUUUGGCGGCAGGGAAUGGGCUUGAAGCUGGGGUGAGAGCUUUGUGA